AUGUUUAAAGCACAACAUUAUUCUUAUUCAGAUAGAUCUGACGUUUUUUCUUCAAAUAACUAUACUAUGGAAAACUCGUAUUGUCUCUGCGGCCAACCGUACGAUCCAAAUAUUUUUAUGAUCCAGUGUGAUGCUUGCAAAGAUUGGUUCCAUAGUGUGUGCUGCAACUUUCCUGAGUAUACUGCUAUCGAAAUAGACAAAUAUCAUUGUCCUAGGUGUGUUCCAACAUUCGGUCCAUCCAUAAAUAAACCUAUUUGCAAUUGGCACAGGCACGACUAUUGGGAUGACAAUUCGUCCACAAAACCUGUACAAACUGGCACUCCUGUGUUUAUAAAAGAGCUAUGUGCUAGGCAUUUCACACCUGAAACCGAUAUUGUUUUGCACAUUCGAGGACAGCAACUAACGGAGAACUUUUUAAAAUCGCACGGGUUCAACAGACCUAUUGUAAUAGAUACUAAAGAUGGCUUAGAUUUGACAAUGCCUCAAGAUAACUUCAGUGUUUACGAUGUGGAACAAUUCGCUGGAGGUGAUAUGGAAAUAGACGUUAUUGAUGUUUGUCGACAGAAUAAUAUAAAAAUGAAACUUAGAGAAUAUGUUGAAUAUUUUAAUAGUACGAAUCGUACUAGAGUGUUUAAUGUUGUUAGUCUUGAAUUUUCAUCAACAGGACUAGCAUCUCUAAUAGAAGCUCCUCAGAUUGCUCGGACAUUGGAUUGGGCCAACGUCGUGUGGCCUCCAAACUAUCCGGGAAAACCUCAAGUUCAAAAAUAUUGCCUAAUGAGUGCUAAAGAUUCUUAUACAGACUUUCAUAUUGAUUUCGGCGGGACUAGUGUGUGGUACCAUGUGUUACGGGGCGAAAAGAUAUUUUAUUUCGUCAAACCCACUCCUGCAAAUUUGACACUUUAUUCCCAGUGGAUGACGUCAACUAGUCAAAGUGAAACUUUUUUCGGAGAUCAGGUUGAUCAAUGUAUAAAAUGUGUGAUAAAACAAGGUCAAACUAUGCUUGUACCUACAGGAUGGAUUCAUGCUGUAUAUACCCCAGUGGAUUCUUUAGUUUUUGGUGGAAAUUUUUUACAUAGUUUAAAUAUAAGUAUGCAAUUAAGUGUAUAUGAAAUAGAAAAGAAGAUUAAAACUGAACAAAAGUUUCUUUAUCCUAAUUUUGAGAUGAUCAAUUGGUUUUCUGCAGCUUACUUAUUAAAUGAAUUGAUAGAGAUUAAUAUGCAAGGAAGUAGAUGCCCCGAUUAUUUUUUAGUAGGAAUAAAGUCUCUAUUACAGGCGUUGAAGCAUUGGAAUACUGAAAAAGAUUACAAUUUGUCUGUAAGGGAGCAAAUUCCUGUUAUGAUAAACGUUCCUAAACUUAUAAAAGAUAUAGGUAAAGAAAUUAGGCUUGCGGAAAGGUACAUAAUACAAUUAAAUCCCCCUAAACCCGAAAGAGAGUCGAAGAGGAAAAGAAAAAAACCAGUUAACAAGGAUUUCGUCGAUUAUUCGUUGAUACCCAAGGGUACAUCUCAUGAUUUUAUGCCAUUAAACGAACUCCCCCAAACGCCCUCUACGCCUAUCAAAUAUUCUCGCCACUCUGCAUUGAAGCUCACAUUACCAAAACCCGCUCUUUAUCCGUACGAGAGAUCCGGAACCUCUUCGGAUGAAACUGUUUUAUUGGAUACGAGCAAGCCAUUCGACACACAGCAGUGGCUGAACAUGCCAUUCGACAGGCCGCAGGAAACUAUUGCAAUUCACCGAGGUGGAACAGUUCUAAAAUUUAAAUUGGGGACGAAGGAUAUUCUUCCGCCUCCGAUUCCAAACGCGCCGCCGGCCGAUUACGUGUUUCGAGACGAUUUGGGGGGGAAUUCUCAGGACAUUUACGAUUUUCAUGAUGAUAGUGAUAGAGAUGAAGACUGCUUUAAUUUUACAAUUGACGAAUCCCCCCAGAAAAAACCGAAAAGGGCGGCUGGAAAAGCUCGAGCAGCCGUUAAAAAACACAAGCUCCUCGGCGGGGAUAUCGAAGGAUCGAACGGAAUUGAAUCUCUAAUACAAGCCUCUGCACUGUCAGUGCCCUUGACUGUGGAUGGAGGUACAUCACCUUCAACGCAAGAGGCCAUCGCUGGAAUGCUCUCUAUAAGCCAAAAUUGGCCUCCCAACAAAGCCCAAAGGAAAAAGUACGUUUCGAGUCCUAUAGAAGAAAACGUUAGUAAUGUUCACCAAGACGACGAUUACAUAUACCCGUCUUUGGACAAUUCCGACGACGAAGACGUUCACAUUUUCAAACCGCGGGGGCGAUCAAAAGUCGACGAGGCUUGGAACCCCAAGGCGAGAGUAGGGCCGCUUCUGCCCAAAAUGAACAGGCCCGCUCGAGAGGGUACCAAGAAACAGUCCGUCGAGAAGGUCCUCGAAGCAGCUGCAGCUAGAAGAAUAAACGAUAGCCCCGAAAAAAAUAAUAAGUUUCCGAAGAGGCAGUACCGCCGGCGAAAGUUGAAGCCGAAGCUGGAUGUUCGCAGUCCUCCGAUCAGCGUAACGCCUGUAGCUAGUACGUCGGCGUCGGCGUCGGUGGCGAGCGCGCCGUCGAGCAGCGGCCUCGCGACGCCGAAGCCUCGAAAGGGAAUGAAGACUGUCAAACAACGAUUAGGGAAAAUAUUAAAAAUUCAUAAGAUGAUACAUUAG